AUGGCAGGAGGCAGGAGGCGGAGGAAGGCAGGAGGCAGGAGGAAGGAAGGAGGCAGGAGUUGGAGGAUGGCAGGAGGAGGAAUGCAGGAGGCGGAGGAAGGAAGGAGGCAGGAGUUGGAGGAAGGCAGGAGGCAGGAGUUGGAGGAAGGCAGGAGGCAGGAGGCGGAGGAAGGCAGGAGGCAGGAGGCGGAGGAAGGCAGGAGGCGGAGGAAGGAAGGAGGCGGAGGAGGAAGGCAGGAGGCGGAGGACGGCAGGAGGCAGGAGGAAGGCAGGAGGCAGGAGGUGGAGCAAGGCAGGAGGCGGAUGAAGGCAGGAGGCAGGAGGCGGAGGAAGGCAGGAGGCAGUCGUGACACACUGCCGCCCUGCCUCCCUGCCAUCCUGCCACCCUGCCGCCCUGCCACCCUGCUGCCCCGCCUCCCUGCCACCCUGCUGCCCCGCCUCCCUGCCACCCUGCUGCCCCGACUCCCUGCCACCCUGCCGCCCCGCCCCCUGCCACCCUGCCGCCCCGCCUCCCUGCCGCCCCGCCUCCCUGCCGCCCCGCCUCCCUGCCGCCCCCGCCUCCCUGCCAUCCUGCCGCCCUGCCGCCCCGCCUCCCUGCCAUCCUGCCACCCCGCCUCCCUGCCAUCCUGCCACCCCGCCUCCCUGCCAUCCUGCCACCCCGCCUCCCUGCCGCCCCGCCUCCCUGCCAUCCUGCCUCCCUGCCACCCUGCCGCCCGCCUCCCUCCCUGCCGCCCCGCCUCCCCGCCACCCUGCCGCCCCGCCUCCCUGCCAUCCUGCCACCCUGCCGCCCCCGCCGCCCCCCGCCGCCCCGCCUCCCUGCCAUCCUGCCACCCCGCCUCCCUGCCAUCCUGCCACCCCGCCUCCCUGCCAUCCUGCCACCCCGCCUCCCUGCCGCCCCGCCUCCCUGCCAUCCUGCCUCCCUGCCUCCCUGCUGCCCCGCCUCCCUGCCAUCCUGCCUCCCUGCCACCCUGCCGCCCCGCCUCCCUGCCGCCCCGCCUCCCUGCCGACUACACCAACACCAGGCCGGGAUGA